AUGGAACCAUUCAAUUCUCUAACAAAUUCACAAGCAAGUAAAUAUAUCAAUCAAUCGGUAACACGAAAAACUUCACCUCGUUCUGAAUCUAUUCAACUUAAACAAUAUUCUAACAGUGUUAAAUCUAAUCCACAUCAUACCAAUAAUAAUGUAAUUGAUUUUAAUGGAAUUGAUGUAAUCUCAGCAAUUGGACAAUUUUUAUGUCAUUUAUUCAAUUUAAUGGAUAGAGGUUAUGUUUUUAAACGUGUUCGUGAUUUGUUAAUGUUCCUUGAAAUAUCACCAAGAAUGUCCGCUGAUAAAAUUGAUCAAUUAAAUGAAUUACGAUUUGAAUUAUUACGUUGUAUUUGUGAACAUGAACAUUUUAUUCCAUUGAAUUUACCCAUGUUAAAUAUAUCCGAUGGUUUAACUGAACAAUAUUCUGUAAGCAGACUGUAUACUGUAAAUAUUGAGCAUAGUCAAGAUGUUGGUCUUGAAUUAUCGUUAACUGAUCAAUUUUGUCAACAACAUUUUCCAAUUGGAAUUCUAUUGAAUCAACUUAGUUGUUUAUUAUCUGGUUGUAUAAAUACUGGAAGUUGGGCAAUACUUAAAUCAACAUCAAGUCAACAUUAUAAACAACCUAUUACAAUAUUACGUAAUCUAUUAAUUAAACAUACACUUGAUCCUCGUUAUCGUAAUUCUAAAGUAAUUCAAGCUAGAAUUUGUACAUUAUAUCUUCCAUUGAUUCGUUUAGUGUUGGAACAUUGGGAUUCAUUUGGACCUCCAGGUGGUGCUCUACAAACAGCUGUUAUUGCAGCUGCAGUACGUCGAGAUUAUGAAGAAUCUUUACAACUGACUGAUGGUCAUAGUAAUUCUAGUACAUUGAAUACAUCUCGUCGUCAACAUUCUAUUGAUAAAUCAAAUAAAUUAAAUAAAUCCAAUAUUUCAGGCAAUAUAACUAGUCAUAUUAACAGUAUAUCAUAUUAUCGACCACAAAGUAUGCUUAGUGAUUAUUCAUUAGAAACAAUUAAUAAUAACAAUCAUUCACGACAACAACAACAACAACAGAACACAAUGAAUUCUGACAAUGGAUCAUAUGAUUCUUAUUUAUCCAUAACUAGUAGUAGUCAUUCAUUUUCACAGACUGGUAGUAGUGGUAGAAAAUCUUCUCUAUCAAGUGAUCAAAGUGAUGGUCGGUCAACAAACAGCGGUUCUGCAACUGGCGCUUCUACUACUACUACUGCUAAUGCUGCUUAUUUAACUAAAGAUGGCAAAGUACAAAAGCAUAUAUUAGAUCAAAUUGCUGGAGUUAAUCAAGGUGGCGCUCUGCAACGUGUACAAAGAAUACGUCAUCAAGACACUUCAUCUAUACCGCCAUCAUCAACAACAAUUAUCACGUCGUCCAUCGAAUCUAAUGUACCAUCGAUAAUAUCUAAUCAAUGUCCACGUUCUCAUUCGAUUCAUUCUGUGGAUAGUGCACAAAGUGGAAAUUGUGUUUUAUCAAGUCAUACAAGUAGUAGUACACUGACAUUAACGGGUCCCGAUGUGGAUAAUAAUAAUAAAGAUCAUAUAAAUGGUCUAAAUGGAGGUAAUCAUAUCGAUGAGAAUGAUGGCAUUAAUAAUUUAACAAGUGAUUACAAGAAUAAUGAAACCAACCAGAAUCACAAUGAACUAAAUAACGAUCAAGAUUGGGCAAAACAAGUUCUUACAUUAGCUGGUAUUUAUACAGAUCGUAUUAAUGAUGUAAAAUCAAUGAGUUCAGUGAGUCCACAAUCUGUUAUAUCUAAUCCUUCUAUUGGAAUUCCAUUAGAAAUGAAUGUUUCAGAGAUGGAAAAUUCCGACAAUGUUCAUCAACAUUCUCAUUAUCAUAAUCAUUUACCAUUUCAUCAAAAUAUACAAUCUAAUCAUCAAAAGACAUUUAUUCCUGAAUUAUUAUUAAUUAAACAACCUAUUAUACGUUCACAUAUUCAUCGUCGUCCAUAUGAAUUAAAUAAUAUAGAUGCACCACGUCGUUUAACUGAUAAUUGUCAACGUGAUUUAUAUAUUUGUAUAUUACAUAUUAUGUCUACUAUAACAUUAGUACAUUUAAAAUGUUUAUUUCAUAGUUUUACUAUACAAGAAAGAUUACAUUUUCUGAAUAUAUUAAAAUUUUCUAUUCAACAUCUACGUUAUCGUGGUAAACAUUGUAUUCAACAAUAUGAACACAUAAGUCACAGUAGUGUUGGACGAACUGGUGGUACUGGUCAUCUCCUUCAUAUGAGCAAUGCACUAGCUAGUAAUGCUGCUUCUCAAGGACAUGAUAAUAUACCAAAAAUGAAAGUUUUAUUAAAAGCAAAUUUGGCAACUGAAUCAAGCUUGAUCAUCUUAGAUUUGUUGAGUACGUUUACAACAGUUUUUAAAUCAGAAUUGAAUCUAUGUAAACCAAAUGAUCCAGUAUUUUGUUCAUUAAUUGAAACGUAUAUUUGUAUAUUAUCUAAUAAUCCAUCUGAUUAUGUAAUACGUCAUACAUUUUCUGCAUUACGUGUAUUUAUUAAUCAAAAUUCACAGACUCUCUUCUCUGAAUCAACCGAUAUUCUAAGCAUGCUUUGUUUAGCUGGUUUAAGAUGUUCUAAUCAAUGUUUUCUUUCAUUAUCAUCGGUUAUCUCUUCUCCAUCAUUAUCAGUUUCAUCAAUACCACCACCACCACCACGAACAACAACAGCAACAACCGCAUGCCCUAUUUCCAACUCGACUGAUUCCAAUACUAAUACUCUAUCGGAUAAAAAUCUCAAAUAUCAUUUCUAACUAAUAAUAUUAAUACAACGUCGUCUGACACAACAGCAUCUAUCAAGUAUAAACCUCCA